UCUCUCUCUCUCUCUCUCUCUCUCGUGGGCGUAUUGCUUCUUGCAUUUCCAGUUUGAUUUACAGCUCCCUCUGUCGACAUUCAUGGCGAGAGAUGGAAGAAAGGACGUUUCUUUGUUUGAUCCGUUGGUUCGUUUAGUGGGAUGAUAAUUGAUGGCAGUGACACUACAUGGGUUGGUGAACCCUCUUGAGUUUCACGUCAUAUCACUGCUCAGAAUGAAGUUUGCGCCCUGUGUUCUGAGGUUGUUUGAUUGUUAGAGAGCAUGCAUUCCUUUCUUUGAUAUGAGUUCUGAGGAAAGCUUGAGUCUUGACCAAUGGCUGCUUGGGGGAAGCGAGUCAUGGUGUCGAAGAAGCUUUAAAAUUGUUAAACUGCCCACACCCUCUGCAAGCUUCAGACAUUUACAGUCUUGAAGUCGGAAGCGUGUAUCCUGUUGCACGGUGGCUUGUCAAUCAUGUUCGGAUCCGCAUUGGAGUUACGGGGGAUGAGAUCAUGCCAUCUUUGCUCUAGAGACACCCAUAAUUAUCACACAGGACUUUUUGCUAAAGAUCAGGAGAAUCCUCUUUGGCAGCUUGAUGGUGGAUUAGGUGCUGCAGGAACUACUUUUGAGUCUAGAUACAGCGAUCCAGAGGAAAAGAAGCUGAUGAGAAUGCAUAUUUUAGAAGAGAUGCAACUCUUACACGAGAAAAUCAGGGCAGCAAAAGUCGAUUCUGUGGUUCGCCGAUUAAUGUUGCUCAUGAAGUCACUGAAGGUAUUGGAAAAGAAAGAAUUGGAUUGCCAAUCUGAUAACAUUGCAAAGAAAUCAGAUUUGGAAGCCAAGAUUAUUCACUUGGAGGAGAAAAUAACCAACAACUGUGAUAGCAAGAGUCUCCAUGAUGAUUUAGAUCAUUGUAUUAGCAUAUCACUGGAAAAGUUGCACCUUGCAAAGAAGGAACUAGCGGCUAGACUGAGGAUGUUGUUGUCUGUAAGGCGGCAACUUGAAGAUGUGCCUUCCCAAUCGGAACUCAUUCAGUAUGAACACCGCUUUUCUGAGUUGAAUAUAAAUAUUGAGGAAAUUCAUAGACAAACCCGUAAAUACUAUGCAACAUAUAAUGCACUUUUGGAGCUUAAAGAGCUAAUGCUGAAGGAAACAUCAUUAUUGAAUUCGCUAAAUUCCCAGUUUCAAGAUGCCAUAAGUGAUACUGCUGGUCGCCUGAAACUUAUUGACUCCACGGGAGGAAUUCUGAAGGGCAUAAAGCAGAAGCUACAGAAAGUGCAAGAGGGGAUCCAGGCUGAUCAGAGAGUCUGCAAUACACUCAGGGAGAAGUAUGCGGCAGCAGCAGCUAGUCAGAGACGCGGUUCUAGUCUGUUAAGAGCUCUUCAGGAGGAAAUUGCGAGAAACCAGAGACUUAAGAGUGAACUUCAGUCCAGAAAUGCUGCUACACCAUGUGAAGUCAAGGUGAUAGGAAGUUUAUGAAGUCGUGGAACUAAUACGAGGGUGCACCUUUGGUCAAGAUGAUUCACGUGACCUGUGUACCGCAUGCCUGCGUACGAAACUAGUAGUCUAUGCAAUGCAGGAUUGAGGCUACGUGCAUCUGGUCAUCCUGAGAUUCCUCAAUGUGGGGGCAUCAUGGAUUGAGGGUCCCAGUUAGCAUGUUCAGGUAAAUGAUUGCAGAUUAUAUGGAGCGACAUAAGUGUUUAGUUACUUUUGAUUUUAGGUCAAGGCCUUAAAUUGUCGUGUAUGGUUUUCAAAGCCAGCACAAAAGCCAAUUAUCAGGUUCUGAAUGAUGUGAAAUUAUCUGGAUACAACCUUUCUUACCUUUGAUAAUUAUAACAUGAUUAUUUUAGGACAUUUUUCUUUGCU